AUGAUAGACAUACCAAUAGAACCGUCUGGAGAUGACCUGCGCACCAUUAAUCAAGACGUCUUAAGCAGUCUGUGCACAGAACAACCUGGAGCUGAUUCCCCAGUCGAGCAAGCAGUAGCAAGUUGUGUUCUUGAUGUUGGCGAGGAGCUGAUUGGUACAUGUGUGACCCCUACAAAAGUGAGAACAGUCCAGCAGACCCUGGGAAGUGAGAAUGAACCGCACUUGUGUGCAUUAAAGCUUCUGCAGUCCUUCUUCUCCACUGAGGAACACGCAACCAGCAAUACCAACGGCACCUAUGGCAAGAAGUGUCUGGACAGCGCCAAACUCAGUUCUCUUAAAGUAUUAGUUUUUACGAAAUUUCUAGUAGGCAACAACGAGGAAAAAGAGAAACUCUGGAGGUUAAUUAAAAGUAACAUAAAUUCUAAGUGCCGAUCUAUCUGUAAGUUUUCUGCUCCUAAAACUCGUUCAUCUUAGUAAAAUUUUCGUAUAUUUUUAAUUGUAAUUUCGGCAACUUUUUCAAAGCAUAAGUUAAGUUUUGAAAUUUUUCUAUAUAAAAUAAUGUCUCACUAUCUUAUAAUUAAUAAAGUUGUUUGCUAUAACUGAGUUUAUAACUUAAAUAUUGAAAGAAACUAAGGUAAAAUACAACUGCGGUGCCAGAGUUUUCAUCAUGGUUUUUUUGUGAAUUUUCCAUAUGACCAUGUCACAAGAACCAGUUUGUUUGGAGCUUUUUUAAGGAACCUCUGGAACCAGGUUUGUAAUUUAUCAAUUACAAACCCGUUAAUCAAUGUAAAGUCAAUUCAAUAGAGUUUCCCUGCGAUUUCAUAAUAUUGAUUCAUCAGCUUAACACUUCGACGGUCUUUUUGCACGUGGUCACGAAUGAACCGUGGAAGGAAAUAGCUUAAAUGGCGUAAUAAUAAGAACGUCAGAUCUUAGUAGCUUUGCGCAAGCAGGACUUAAAAUAUCAUUGUUUUGGGUGAUAAUUUUUUUGUGGAGAGUUAGAGGCAGUUACCAACUUUCGUGUACCGUGGCUCCAGAGGUCUGUUCUCAAAAUACCUUCACUAUCGAUAAGAAAAAAAUAUCCUCUGGAACACAGGAUAACUUUCGUGCCAUAAGAGCAAAGCACAUCCGUCUUCAAUUAAUUUCACUUCUUUAGCUAAAAUUCUCUAGAAAGGGAACGGGGAAUCAAAUGGCUGAACGCGUGAUUAGAAUUCCAAACGGCAAAAUGAGUGAACGGGUCAUAAAUGGCUUAGGACAUUUUUCGAACGCGCUAAUGCAAACAGCUGAAUGAGUUUACUUAUAAUUACAAAUGACGUCUCCGCCAUGACGAUAGGAUAGCAUAAAAAUGUGACUGAACCUAUAUUUAACCAUCUUUGCUUAUGUUUUUUAUUUGAGCGACACCCCGGGCUGGCAAGAGGUCAAAUCGCGCCACUACUAAACUGCUCUUUCAGUUUUUAUCUGUUUCAGCUGAAACUUAGCAGGAUCGUAGAACAUGAAAUUUUCUAGGUGCCCAUGGUUUCAGAAUUUUGCACUUUAACGUUUCUUGGCGGGAAAAUUACGUCACAAGAUAAACAAAACGAUUAAAUUUUAACUGAUAGUGCCUAAAAUUCCUUUUUUUGAAAUACCUUAACAGGACAAAACGAAAAGUGAAAAAAUUUAUGCAAAAGCUCAAUUGGUUGAUGAGAUAUAGCAUUUUAAAGUUUGGCUUUGUUUCUAAAAAUAGUAACAAAAUGGCGGGGAAUUCAAAAUUUAAAGCUUAAUAACACUGCAACCAAUUAAGCUUUUCAAAAACUUUUUUCACAUUACCUUCUAUCUCAUUACGGUCUUUCUAAUCUACGUAUUUGUGGCACUAUCACUUACAAUUUAAUAAUUGAUGUCAAUCUUGUGACGUCAUUUUCCCGCCAAAAAACUUUGAAAUUCAAAAUUCUAAAACCAUGGGUACCUAGAAAAUUUCAUGUUCUACAAUCCUGCUAAGUUUCAGCUCAAAGGGAUAAAAACUGAAAGAGCAGUUUUGUAGUGGCGCGAUUUGACCUCCUGCUAGCCCAGCGUGGACUAUUUUUUGUCUGCGGUUCACAGGUUAUUGUUCCUUCACUGUUCUUUCUUUUGCCCAUUACUUUCAAGCACCUGCUACGCAGGCUAUUUCGGUCACUGUUAUCUUUCUGGCUGUAUUUGUCUAAUUUUGCAUAACGCAGACAACUGUGUGACAGGUAACGCAACAUCAUGCAACUUCCAAUCUGUGUCAAGAAGAGCGCGUUGUCAUGGAUACCUCUGUGACGCUUACUUUGAUAUGUAACAUUUCUUAUGAAACCUUCACCAUGGCAGAUAGCGAUUUACUUGACAGGUUCAAAAACGACGAAAUCAUAGCUAAAGUGGACAAAUUCUUACAAGAGGGAUUUGGUUGCUAUCAUGGUAUGAAAGGUAGCCAGUGUUGUCAGCAAUUCUCGAAGGAAGCUGUGCUGUCUAAUUUAAACAACUGCCUUGAAUUCUCGCAUGGAGAACUCGAUCUUGUUGUACUGGCAAACAUUCAAGUAUGCACGAAAAUCAAGAUCACUGGUGGAAAAAGGAAGCGGAGUUCACAAUACAGUUUCCUGUACGUUAAGUGUCCCAUCUGCAAGGACAUGUUUUUACAUCUUUACGGCAUCAGUUACUCACGGUUUCGCAGAUUAAAAGAA